UCCUUCUUCCCUGUGGUCCAAGUCUUCACUGCACCUUCGUCGCUACUUCCUUGGCUUCUUCUUCUCUCUCUGAACUCUCAUUCUUCAUCUCCGCUGGAAGACUUCUGGUUGGGCUUCUGCGCCUGUAUGUAUCUGAUCGAAUAAGGGAUGUGGUUGUGAGCUUCUUAAACAUCUUAAUUUUCAAAUUGUGGAAAGAUGGUUUCAGAAUCUUGGUUUCGCAGUCUGUGGAAGCCUCAGAGAAAGCGUGAUUCCAGCACGCAGAAGGUUGUUAUUGGAGUAUUGGCAUUUGAAAUUGCUAGCUUGAUGUCCAGGUUGGUUCAUCUAUGGCAUUCUUUGAGCGAUAAGCAAAUUAGGAGGUUGAGGGAAGAUAUAACUAAUUCAUUGGGCAUAAAGAAGCUUGUGUCGGACGACGAUGAAUAUAUUGUACGUUUAAUAUGCGCAGAGAUGACGGAGAAUUUAGCUCAUGUGGCUAAAUCUGUUGCCAGGCUUGGGAAGAAAUGCAGUGAUCCUAGUUUAAAAGUCUUUGAGCAUGUUUUUGAUGAGUUACUUCAAAUUGGUGCUGAUCCCUAUUGUUGGAUAUACUCAUGGAAGAAGAUGGAAAAGAAAGUGAAAAAGAUGGAGACCUUUAUUUCAGUCAAUGCAAACUUGUAUCAGGAAAUGGAGAUGCUUGUAGAACUCGAGCAAACUUUCAGGAGGAUGAAGGUUAACGAUGGCACAUGUUCAGUGAACCUAGCUGAUUUUCGAAAGAAGGUCGAAUGGAAGCAGCAGGAAGUGAAAAAUCUGCGAGAUAUGUCACUUUGGAGAAGGACCUAUGAUUACACAAUUCUUCUUCUAGCUAGAUCCAUAUUCACAAUAUUCAGUAGGAUCAAACAUGUGUUCGGAAUCGAGCAGAGCGCAGGGAUUGAUGAAACAAAUGAUUCACGAGAUAUGAAUUCCGACUAUAUAGCACGUAGUCAAUCAGUUUCGUCACUAAUGCAAUCCAUGGUCCAUCCCUCUGAGAACGGACUUACUAAAUUUGCAUCAGGUCCUCUGAAGAGGUUUACAACUAAAUCUGGGCCGAUUUCGAAAACAGCUAAGCCGAAUAAUUUUUAUUCAGGUCCUCUUGGCAGCUCUGUUACAAAAUCAGGUCCUAUUUUCGGCCCUGUUUCUGGAACAAAUAGAAACUUCAACUCUUAUUCGGGUCCUCUCACAAGUUCAACGAUAAGAUCAGGUCCAGUUUCUGGAAUAGACCAUAAAACCAAUCAUAAGAAUUGGUUUGCCGGUGGUUACUCUUCCCUAUUUAAUGGGAAAAAAUCUCAUCAGAAGCCAAAUAGACUGACUCAAGUUGGACCUUUUAAAGGAUGCAUGAUGUCUGGCCCUAGUUCUACGGUCACCAAUUGUCACAUUAGUUCAAAUGGGCAUCAUUCACAGCUUAUCAAUGGAGCCAAAGAUGCUGGAAAGAUAGUUGAUCCUUGCAACAAAGCCAACCCUUGCAGAGAGUUGCUCGGUACCAAGUGCCGAUUGUUGGACGCCCCACCCGAGACUCUAGGUGGAGCUGCUUUGGCUCUGCACUAUGCGAAUGUCAUCAUUGUAAUUGAGAAGCUUGCUGCAUCUCCUCAUUUGAUUGGCCUGGAUGCUAGAGAUGACCUCUACAAUAUGCUGCCAGCUAAAGUUCGAGCUAGCCUUAGGGCAGCCCUAAAGCCAUAUGCCAAGAUCUUAGCUUCAUCUACCUAUGACACCGGGCUUGCAGUUGAGUGGAACGACGCAAUAGCUGGGAUAUUAGAAUGGCUUGCUCCACUGGCUCAUAACAUGGUUAGAUGGCAAUCUGAACGUAGUUUCGAACAACAGAAUUUUGUUUCCAGAACUAAUAUGCUUCUUGUACAAACCCUUUUCUUUGCCAAUCAAGAAAAGACCGAAGUGAUCAUUACCGAACUUCUUGUCGGUCUGAAUUACCUAUGGAGGUUUGGUAGGGAACACAAUGCGAAAGCUCUCAAUGAGUGUGCCAGCAGUAGAAUACAUGACGAAAAUUUGGAUAUCGUCGGGUGACAUUCUUUUCUAUUCUAUUGGAAUUGGUAACUGAAACUGCAGCAUAGUCGUCCAACGACAGGAGGCCUCCUCAGCUCUACAAGACCGACAUCGACCAAUUGGAAGCAGCACCAGAGAGAGAGCCAGAACCGUCGCUAGUUGGUUACAUUAUCAGUACUCCAAUACCAGAACUCGCUAUCGACGAGAUAGGUUUGAGCUUUUUAACAUUCUUUUACUUUUAUAUAGAGUUAUUCAGCUUGUGCAAUUGAGCUUUACUCCCAUCCUCGUAAAAGUAUGGUUUGCCACUAUUAAGUCGUCACUACUUGAAAGUUGUAUAUGUAUCAGUAAUACGUUUUCCAGGUAUGUAAGAUAUCUACUAUACAUAGGCUUGCCAUUACAUAUAGAAAAUCGCUCGAGACCGAGCACGAUGCUUCUAAGUAGAAUUCUUCACAAAUUUUUAUAAUCCAUUCCCUUUCUUAUUCAAUAUAUGGUUGUAAAUUUUGUGAUUU